GAAACGGCAAAAUGUGAAUAACAAGCAUCAUGCCGUUGCCUGAGGAAAACGCAGAUGAGCCUCCAUAUGCUCCGAAAGACGGUACAACAACUUUAUACAAGAACACCCCGCUGAGUAGACGUCCCUCUAUACUAACGUUUGGUUCUGAGCCUUUCAUUCAGCAAACAUUCUUCAAGAGGGAAGCAGACUGCACUUAUGAUCUUCCUCACCACAAGAACAUUUAUUCGGUUUCAGAGAGUGCAAGUGGCUCAAAAUACGCCAGGAGAGAUACAACAAGUGAUGCUACAGCCCUCAUAUGUUGUGACACAGCAGCCAAGCAUAAGUGUGGGCAAUGGAAGACUCAAGAGAGGGAUUUUACUGAGGAUUCCUCAUUAUCCACAAUUUCAAAGAAAAACAGCCAGCCGACCUGCUUUAAUUCUGCAGACGUUGCUUAUAAACCCCAAAAGGAAGCGUUCGCUUUUCAAAAGCAAGAUGAAAGGCUUUCCUCCUCUACCUUUCAUGAGCUUCUUGAGUCCUCGUGGAUGUCUGCAAACUUGCAUUGCUCGAUGCUCCACUUCGACACAACUGAACAAGCCGUCUCUUUUGUGGAACAUCAAACGCCCAACUUAUCUGGAUCCACCUCAGCAGAUUCUUUUCUCGCAAUACCUGUUGUCACUGAAAGUGAAAGGCACAGUUGCUACAUUCCUAGAGGUAUCAAAAGACAACAGCAGUUUCAGUGCUGUAAUACAAGAUUCAGCUCUAGUCAAGUCCCUAGAGUAUCUAUACAUGGCAAACAACCAAACAAAUCUGGACAAAAUGAAGAUUUUGUCAGAGACACAAGGCCUAAUGGCAACAAAAUGGCUUUUGAAAGCCCUACAGAGAUUAACCCUCAUAAAAGGCUUGAAAUCCAAGAGAAUUUGAGUCAGAUGCACCCACUGGUGAUUCAUGGAAAGGAUAUAAAGAACCAUACGCAAACUAUGCAAAGAGUUCUUCUUAGAGGAGCAUGCGAAUGUCCUCCUGGACUGGCAGGAAGGAAUGAACUAGUGUCUAUUCAUGGGCAAUACCUUACAUCUCAUCAACACUCACCUUUUGCGAAGUGUAAAGCCUUGGCUGCAACAGAAGCUCAGAUUUCUGCUCAGCUUGAUGUGACACCAGAGGCUUGUGAUGACUUUGAUGAAAAGAAAAUAGAAGAAAGGAGUGAGGAUCUGUAUAGGUUCCGUCUGCGGUUGCGCUGUCUUAGAAUGUGGUCAAAAAGACUCCGGUUACUCUCUCAAGCCUGCUGUCAUGACAGAAGACGGAUUUUGAACAAAGCUCUGUUUGUUCUGAGAUGGGCCGCAAAGAUGCAUUGUGCUCAUACAGAUGCAGUGGAGAGGAGAAGAAGUAAUUUCAUACUCUAUCAGAGUUUUUACCAGUGGAAGAAUCACUAUGAGAGCAACACAGAUGCUUUAAGAAAACGACUCAUUCAGCCCAGCAGAACUAUGUUUCUGAUGACCACAUGUUCCACCUGGAGGAACCCACGUUUGCUCAGAACAGCUGUGAUUCAUUAUCAUCUAUCUGUACUGUAUAAGCACUGGCUGCUGUGGAGGCAGGUGUGUUUAAAACGGUUCUCUAGGAGACAGCAGGAGUGGUGGGCAUGUGUGUGUUGGGUCAGACGACUCCGGAGCAAAGUCUGGACCCUGUGGAUAUUAACCUGGCAGAGAAAACAGCUGGCCACAGAUCAGUACAGAAUGCAUUUGUUAGCAUCAGCAUGGAAGAAAUGGAAGAUCCGUUACCAUCAGAAGAAGCUGGAGAAGUUGAAGCAGUCCACUCAGAUAAGCAACCUUCUUCACUCCUUCCAUCGUUGGCAGAAAAGAGCAGAAUCCCAUCAAAGAGAGAGAGAAAAACAGUUAGUUUUGAGCCGGUAAGGGUCAAUCUGCCUCUCACAUCAUCACCCUCAUGUCAU